AUGAACGCGGCGCGGGGAGGCGGAGCGGGGGACGGGUCGCGCGAUGCGUCGAAGAAGUCGAGCAAGCGCUCCACCGGCAGCCGGCGGAGUGGCGCGAGCAAGGGUGGAUCGAGCGGCGCAGCAGCGGGUGAGCGAGCAGUGCGGCGCCUGAGGCUGUCAAAGGCGCUAACGCUGCCCGACACCACGACAGUGGCGGACGCGUGUCGACGAAUGGCCAACCGCCGCGUGGACGCGUGCCUGCUCACCGACUCCAGCGCGCUGCUCUGUGGCAUCAUGACAGAUCGGGACUUGGCAUUGAAGUGUGUGGGCGAGGGGUUGGACGUGAACAGCACGCUGGCGUCAGCAGUGAUGACCAAGAACCCCACCUUCGUCACCAUUGACUCGUCUGCUGUGGACGCACUGCAACGCAUGGUGCAGGGGAGGUUCCGGCAUCUGCCGGUGAUAGAGGAGGGCGAGGUGGUGGCGCUACUGGACAUCACGCGGUGUCUGUAUGACGCCAUUGCCAAGAUGGAGCGCGCUGCAGAGAGGGGCGACGCGCUCGCUGCUGCCAUGGAAGGCGUGGAGCGCCAGUGGGGGGGCAACGCCGCCAUGGGCUUCGUGGAGACGUUUCGGGACAAGGUGUUCCGGCCCACACUUGCAACAGUGCUUGGUGAAGAACCCAGGCUGGCUACAGUACUGAAGACGGACCUAGUACGCACGGCAGCGAGGAGGAUGAGGGAGAGCCGAGUGAGCUCAGUGAUUGUCACCAACGGCGCCACCAACCGCCCCUGCGGCAUCCUCACAUCCAAGGACAUUCUCACACGAGUGCUCGCUCUUAACCUGCACCCAGACACCACGCUCGUUGACAAGGUGAUGACGCCGAAUCCAGAGUGUGUGCUGCUGAGCACACCAGUGGUGGACGCCCUUCACACCAUGCACGACGGCCGCUUCCUGCAUCUCCCUGUGGUGGACCCAGAUGGCAACUGUGUCGCAUGUGUAGAUGUGCUUCAGCUCACUCAAGGCGCCAUGUCCUCCGCUGCGGCAGCGUCGGGGUCGGAGAGUGGUGACGCCAUGGGGCAGCUCAUGCAGCGCUUCUGGGACUCCGCCCUCGCCCUGCCGCCUGCUGACACCGAGGAAGACACCGCCAGUGUGCGCAGCAGUGAUAUGUCGGACCAGGUGCGCCCCUCAGGCAGCAGGAGGAGAGGAGGCGGCGCAACAGCAGCAGGUGGAGCGGGGGGAGCAGGUGUUACUCCUGCUGGUGCAGUUGGCGCAGGGGCGCUGGGAGCCGGAGGAGCGAUGGGAGGAGCAAUUGGAGGAGCGAUGGUGGGGGGGUUGGGCGAGGAUCUGUUUUCGUUCAAGCUGGAGGACAGGAGGGGGCGCGUGCACCGGUUCACAGCGGGCAGUGAGAGCAUGGCGGAGCUGGUGUGCGCCGUGGCGUCGAGGCUUGGAGGGGACUAUGACCCCGACAACCCGCCCUCCAUCCUCGUGAGUCCAUCACUCUCCUCUGGUCACUUCUGGUCCAAGGACUGUCAUCCCAGCAACCAACGGUCUAUCCUGUACGCGGACGAGGACAAUGACAUGGUGGUCAUCUCUACAGACGAGGAUCUGCACGCGGCUGUCAAGUUCGCCAAAGCUACCGGCAUCAAGGGUUUGAAGCUCCAUCUUGAAUUUCACGAUGAUGAGGACCCGGACUCCCAUUCCAUGCACGGAUCGCAACAUGGGUCGCAACACGGGUCGCAACACGGGUCACAACGUGGAUCGCUUCGCACGUCGCAUCACCAGCGCACACCAUCGCAAAUCAACGGCUCUCGUCGCACCAACGUUUCCACCCCACCUCGCCCAUCCACGCCGCGAAAAUCCACCGGGCCUGCCUCUCCGGCUCGGUCCCGAGCCUAUGGUGCAGGUUCGGAAGAAGGUGCGGCGGCUUCAAGUUGGGACAAUGCAAUGUGGGCGUACACAGUGUCGAUGCUGGCGGUGACAGCGGUGGCAGCAGUGAGUGUGGGUGUGGCUGUGUACAUGCACCGAAGCAAGCAGUGA